CCCACGCCUCCCAGGUGUGCUACUUCGAAGUGGGGACCGACCCGAGCUCCGGCCUCUGCGAGCGAACAGCUGACACCUUCUACACAAUGCAGGGCCUGGGGGAGUGCGAGGCCUAUAUUGCGGACGUGGCAGCCCUUUCGCCGUCGGGAAUGCAGAGUGCCAAGCUCGAGUUCUAUGGUGUCACUCUCUGCGACGGUCUGCCCAGGGGGAGAGGAGCGGAUUCGUCUCUGAACUUCGUCCCUCACAGCACGAGUGUGGCCCUAACAUGGCCCCAGACUGAUGCCACGAGUUACCAGGUAUGCUACUCCGAGGUAGGAAGGACCCAGGACCAGCGAGCGUGCGAGAGAACUACCGACCCAUUUUACGAAAUCCUUGGCCUCCAUCCUUGCAAGGCGUACGCGACGGAGGUCACUGCCGCAGAUCCUACGGGAGGCAGGAUGCUCAGCGGGGAAUCCUACGCUGUUACCCUAUGCUCGGGGAUGUCCUAAUUUCAUUAAUUAAUUAAUUAAUUAAUUAAUUAUUUAU